CCCCCCCAGAUUUUGGUAGACACACGGGCCCUGCAGAAGGAGAUCAAUGCGCUGGUGGGGAAACUGGAGCGGACGUUCAGCGUCACUGAUGAGCUGCUCUUCAAGGAUGCCAAGAGGGAUGAGGUGGUGAGGAAGGCCUACAAGUACCUGGCAGCACUGCAUGAGAACUGUGCCCAGCUCAUCCAGACCAUUGAGGACACCGGGACCAUCCAGAGGGAGAUCCGGGACCUGGAGGAGCAGAUCGAGGGGGAGAUGAGCUCCAAGCCCCCCGCCAGCCUCGAUCGCAUCCUCAGCGACUGCCGGGCACUGCGGGAGGAGAACGCCCUGCUGGCAGCCCGAAUCCGGAAUGCCUGAACCCCAAAACCCCAAAUUAUAACAUGGCCUUGAGGAAGGGGGGGGGGUCCUGAACCCCCCCUCCCCUCUGAGAGCCCCCCCAGAAUGUGGGCACCCCCUAAAAAUGAACCCAUGUCUGACGAUGGAGCGUUUUUACGGUGUUAAUAAAAUCUUCUGCAGGGCG